GUUUCAGGGUGUUCUCCUUCAGCUAUCAUGGCAAUGAGUGCAAAGCAAAAGCUUGCAUUAAUUCAUUUAUACUCGUAUGAAAUCACUAAACGCCUUGCACCAUUGUACUACGCUCCUGAUACGGGUGGCCGAAUCCCGGAAUUGCUCGAAUUGAACAAAAUUGAGGAGUUAAGCAUGGAUUGUCAAAGCGAACUGGAAUUCACCAACAAAUUAUGGGAGGCCUUAACCACGUCUCCUAUGAAGAAUGUGCUGUACGAAAUUAUCCUCGAUUAUUUAUCCAGAGUUGAUGGAGAGCUCUUUUCAACGCUGUGUUUUGUUUCAGAGAAUGAUACAAGAAGUCAGUUCAGCAAAGUUUUAUCGAAUGUCGACCAGUUUCUAGAAUUUUUGGACGUUGAUAGUACUAUCAAUUUUCUAAAGAAGAUAUCUACUUACAUUCUGAUCACUUCCACCUUGGAGAAAAGCUGGAGAGAGGACGAAGCUUUGGAAAUCAAGAAAAAAAUGGUUUUGAAAACGAUACCCCUUUUGGGUUACUACGCUAUCUAUGAUCUGUUGCGUCCGAUGUAUGAUGUUUCAGAAGAAGCUAAAACCUUUGUCAAUCGCCUAUACCCAAAUUUCCUUCGCUACUACGAGUUACUGGAUAAAGAAAGAAAUUCACAGAGAGGAACAGUCACUUUCUGCCCUAUCGGAGUUCCCGUGGCCGAUGUUGUCAACACCUCAAAUAAUUCUAAAAAGUAUCAAUAUAAUCUGAACUACGAAGACCUGCCACCAGCAUCGUCGAGCAAGAACAACCUCAUUUAUCGAUUACUGAAAUCCAUCGAGAAUCGAGAACAUGCAGAAACUCCGAUCCUUUUGCGUAAUUAUCAAAAGGAGCUCUGCGAAAGAGCUUUGACAGGUGAAAAUGCUAUAAUCGCUGCUCCAACUGGAUCGGGCAAAACCAUAGUGGCCGCCUACAUCAUUAAAAGUCACUUCAAUGCUUGGACUAACACAGAAAGAUCUGCCAAGGUGUUGUUUUUGACGCCAAACACGGUUAUCCUACAGCAACAGGCUGGUUCUCUUCAAAAAUUUCUGGGUCACCGAUAUGAGGUACUUGCGGCUCAAGGAUCAGAUAAUAUUCCUCUACGGCAAGUAAUCUCUGCAAAAGAUGUGUUGGUUGCAACCCCUCAGCUAAUCGUAAACCUACUCAAUGAGGAUUUUUCGAACGAGUUGGAAGAGGUAGUCCAGAGCCCAUUUGAUCUCACCACUUUCACCAUGCUGGUACUCGAUGAAUGUCACCGUACUGUCAAGAAUUCUUCCUAUGCAGUGCUGAUGAGAUUCUAUCACCGUCUCAAGUUUUCUAAAAGAAUGAAGCCCGGGUACAGCCUGCCGCAGGUCAUUGGGUUGACUGCAUCACUUGGGGUUGGAGGUGCUUCCAAUGAAGCUGAUGCUGUGAACCAUGUCGUGCGCCUCUGUGCAUCCCUAGAUUGUGUGGCUAUCAGUACCGUGCGAAUAAAUAAUGAAGAGCUUCGGAAAUAUUCUCCCAUUGUGGCGGACGAGAUUAUCUUACGCGAAGACGAAGUUGGUCAUUCUCGCGCCAUCUUUGUAGAUAUCCUGUGCGACCUUAUGACACUAUUCGAGGCUAGGUUGUAUGAAAUUGUAGAGAAUCACGGCCCGCACGUCGCGAGCAAGUCGCCGUCGAGAGGUUACGGUGAAGAGAAUGAAGACCGCAAUUAUGUUGUCUAUACAACGUUUGAGAGAGCACCCGACGCCAAACGCUUGCAGGGUUAUUUAAAUUGGGUAAGCACACAUUUGCGACGUAUCGUACCGGAGAUGCAGUUUGUUACCGAGUCGGCAAAGACUGAAGCAAUUGAAUUGUUGGAGAUCCUUCACGAUCUUUACCGAACGAUUGAAAUGUACCAGGAUUUUUCAACUAUUGUCGCUUACAAGUAUCUCAGCGAAGCAAUGACUGAAAGAAAUGCAUCACUUACUGAUUUCUCAAGAGAACUUUGGAAAGAAUACUCGAAGAAGCUAUUCCCUUAUCGAACCUCGGACAAUGUUCUAAUAUCAGAAUUAGUCAAGCAAUUAUUGGCCAACAAAGAUAUGGACUUCCGGGCCAUCAUCUUUGUGCGAACUCGUUUGAGUGCUUCUAUCCUGGCAGACUUACUAAACACUAAUUCGAAUUUGAACGGACUUCGUACUGAAUCCAUCUCAGGAACUGGUAAAGGUGCAUAUGAAACUUCGACGAAGCGAGAACAAAGGGAUAAAUUGCAGAGGUUUAAAAACGGGGAAACGCGCGUCCUCGUAGCAACAUCGGUGGCUGAAGAAGGCCUUGACGUCGCAGAAUGUAACCUUGUGAUCAAGUACAAUUAUGCCAGUAAUGAGAUCGCACAUGUCCAAAGGAGAGGUCGCGGACGAGCCCAAAAGUCUCGCAGUAUUUUGAUAACACAAAGUUUGAAGCUGAAAGAACAGGAAGAAAAGAACGUUCUCAAGGAAAAGCUGAUGAACCAAGUUCUUUGUGCUAUCGAAGAAAACCGGGUUAACCUUAUUGGUCGGGUUGGAAAAGCAAGAGAGGAGUUAUGGGCUGAAAUCCAGAGGGAAGAUAUCGCUAAAUCACAAAGAAUAGCUGCGCAAGAGAAGCUGGGAAUCGUCUACAAAUUGUUAUGUAGUAAAUGCGAUACGUUAUUGUGCACUUCAAAAGACAUCAAGACCAACAAGACCCAGUAUUGCGUCUGCAAUCCGUCUUUUUGGUCGAAGACAAAGAAGGUGAAGCUCAGUGAAGAUGCAAGAGAGCUCAAGUAUGGAGCAAUCGCGAAGUUGUUCUGCAAUGGCAAAAAUUGUCAAAACUCUCUCGGGAGGGUGGUUUGUAUUGACGGAAAUUCUCUACCCGUCUUAUCUGCUACAGCAUUUAUUUUGGAGUAUACAGAGCCAGGAUCGCUGAGCAUCAACAGGCGGACUGUGCGUAAAUGGAAAGAGGUUUUAAUGAAUUACUUCACUCCUGAUCCCAUACGAAACUAUGAUAUAGCAGCAAUGGUGGUUGAGACUUCCACCAAGCCACUGGUGACUACAGGAGAUGGAGCUCCUGUGAAACUUUUAUAAUUGCUUGUUCCUACCUACUCAGCAACUGGUGCCUUUCUUUUUCUCGGGAUUGAUUUUUUAUGCUAGAUUUGUUAUAGAUAUCUACUUUUUUCAUUUACAAUCUUGUAUUGUAUGCACGCACAUCCCUGUCGGGCAGAGGAGUUAUAAGGCGUGGGGUGGGGAUCAUGCAAAGCAACUAGCAUACUUGUACGUUUCGUAGCAUGCUUGUGGAUGCUGAUG